AAUAAGAGGAGGAGGAAUUCUUGUCCGAGGUGGCCUGCGCUUGCCCUUCAACAGCUAGAGAGUGGACGGUGGUGUCGUGGCGAGCGGAGAUUAUGGCGAAGGUAGGGAUAGGGUGCGAGCCGGUUGUGGGUUCUUUGACUCCAUCGAAGAAGAGAGAUUACAGAGUCACUAAUCGCCUCCAGGAGGGCAAGCGCCCCUUAUACGCCGUCGUUUUUAACUUUAUCGACUCUCGCUACUUCAACGUCUUCGCCACCGUCGGCGGCAAUCGGGUGACUGUUUAUCAAUGCCUCGAAGGUGGUGUUAUAGCCGUGCUGCAAUCUUAUGUUGAUGAAUAUCAGAAGGAUGAGUCUUUUUACACGGUGACCUGGGCUUGCAACAUUGACGGGAGCCCAUUUGUUGUGGCCGGAGGAUUUACUGGUAUCAUCCGUGUCAUUGAUGCCGGUAAUGAGAAAGUCCACAAGAGUUUUGUUGGCCAUGGGGACUCGAUAAAUGAAAUUCGGACUCAGCCACUAAAACCGUCACUUAUUGUGUCUGCCAGCAAAGAUGAAUCUGUUCGACUGUGGAAUGUUCAUACUGGAAUAUGCAUCUUGAUUUUUGCUGGUGCUGGGGGUCACCGCAAUGAAGUCUUAAGUGUUGACUUUCAUCCAUCAGACAUCUAUCGCAUCGUUAGUUGUGGUAUGGACAAUACCGUCAAGAUCUGGUCAAUGAAAGAGUUUUGGACAUAUGUAGAGAAAUCUUUCACAUGGACAGAUCUUCCUUCAAAAUUCCCCACAAAAUAUGUACAGUUUCCUGUGUUCAUUGCAUCAAUUCAUACAAAUUACGUUGAUUGCAACCGUUGGCUCGGCGACUUUAUUCUAUCUAAGAGUGUUGACAAUGAAAUAGUGUUAUGGGAACCAAAAAUGAAGGAGCAGUCUCCUGGAGAGGGUACAAUUGACAUCCUUCAGAAAUACCCUGUUCCAGAAUGUGAUAUUUGGUUCAUCAAGUUUUCUUGUGACUUCCAUUAUAAUGCAGCUGCUAUAGGGAAUAGGGAGGGAAAAAUUUUUGUCUGGGAAUUGCAAAGUAGUCCUCCGGUUCUUAUUGCAAGGUUGUCUCAUGCUCAAUCAAAAUCUCCAAUUAGACAGACUGCGAUGUCUUUUGAUGGAAGCACCAUUUUGAGCUGUUGUGAGGAUGGGACGAUAUGGCGUUGGGACGUAGUUUCUAGUUCUUGAUGCUGUUCAAGUUAAUCCAUUGAAAGAAUCCUAUCACAGAAUCCCGAUGAGAGGCCUGUUGACAGAUGCGCCCAAGGCAGGUCUCAUAUUUGUAAUCACUGGAGCUGCUGCCCCGUUAAACGCAUGCAGGGACAGAAUGUCGCGUGGUUAUGCAUUAUGUUGCGUGGUUUGAUCCCUACAUCGCUUACCCCCUGUAACCUUAUACAUCUAGUAAAUGUUAUGUCAUAUUUAGGAAGAAACGGUUCUUUAUCUUGGAUUUGGUAGUAUGAGAAUGUGUGGACUUUUGUCCAGAAUUUAUCAUUACAUUGAAAGAAUUGCUGCAAAGAAAGCAGUAGAAAUCUGGCAAGCUUAACAUUUCGUUU